AUGAGAAACCACAGUGUUGUUUCUGAGUUCAUCCUCCUUGGGCUGUCUGCUGACUCCCAGAUCCAGGCUCUGCUCUUUGUGCUGUUCCUUGUUGUUUACCUCCUGACUCUGAUGGGGAACCUGCUGCUGCUGCUGGUGAUCAGGGCUGAUUCUCACCUCCACACCCCCAUGUACUUCUUCCUGGGACAGUUGUCCUUCCUGGAUCUCUGCCACUCCUCUGUCAGUGUGCCCAAGCUGUUGGAGAACCUUCUGUCUGAGAAGAAAACCAUCUCAGUAAAGGGCUGCCUGGCUCAGGUCUUCUUUGUGUUUGCCACUGGAGGCACUGAAUCCUGCCUGCUUGCUGUCAUGGCCUAUGACCGCUAUGUUGCCAUCAGCUCCCCUCUGUUGUACAGCCAGAUGAUGAACAGACAGCUGUGUAUAGGGCUGGUGUGGGGCUCAUGGAGCUUGGCUUUUCUGGAUGCUCUUAUCAAUAUCCUUGUAGCUCUCAAUUUAGACUUCUGUGAGGCUCAAAAUAUACACCACUUCAGCUGUGAGCUGCCGUCUCUCUACCCUUUAUCUUGCUCUGACGUUUCUGCAAGUUUUACUGCCCUGCUCUGCUCCAGCCUCCUGCAUUUCUUUGGAAACUUCCUCUUGAUAUUUUUCUCCUAUGUUCGCAUUUUAUCCACCAUCCUGAGCAUUAGCUCUGCUACAGGCAGAAGCAAGGCCUUCUCCACCUGCUCCUCCCACCUCACUGCAGUGAUCUUCUUUUAUGGCUCAGGGUUACUACGCUAUCUCAUGCCAAACUCAGGAUACACUCAAGAGUUAAUCUUCUCCUUGCAGUAUAGCGUGGUCACUCCUAUGCUGAAUCCUCUCAUCUACAGCCUGAAGAACAGAGAAGUGAAGGCAGCUGUGAGAAGAAUCUUAAGAAAAUGUGUCUAG